AUGAUCUUCGGUGGCGUUACCAUCGCCAUCACCAGCCUUGGCUACGUCGGUGCUUUCUUCAUAAACCUUCGCGUCAUUCGAGUGUUCAUCUCUCUCAGCAUACUGGUCUUCGUUGGUCAACUUACCGCCGGACUAACGCUUUAUAACAUCCGAGAAGACUUUGUAUCGGCGAGUUCGAAGGAGAUUCGCCAGUUAAUCGCAGAGGCUGAAAUCUAUGGCAACUCAGAGGCUGCCUUGAUGCUGGAGAUCAUUCAAACACGGUAUAAAUGCUGCGGUGCUGAUGGACAAGGCGACUGGAAUCUAGGACCCCCCCUCUCCUGUUGCGUCAAUCCAAACCUUCUCGAUGGUGUUUGCGGGUAUCCGGGGCUGUAUGUGAGAGGCUGUGCAUCUUCCAUAUACAGGUACAUAGAAUCCACAGCAUAUAUCUGGCUCUACGUGUUGAUAGCUCUCCUCUUAGAUGAAUUUGUCCUCAUUAUCGCCUCCUACUCGUUACAAAUGUAUGUGCCCCUAUAUUCGGCUCUACGGACCAACUGA